CAGCUAAAAUUUGGUACAUUUUAGCGGCUUAUGGGAAAUCUUGUUUAUUUUUGUAAAGAUGGAGAAAACAGGAACAUUUAUAACUAUGUUCAUCCAAAUCCUACUAAAACUCGUAAAUCUGGUGUAUUUAUUACAUUACUCUAAAUUUGAUACCUUAGUUAUCUUGUGGAAAAUCUCUGUAUAGCUGUUGUGUAUUUAAGAGUUUUGUUGAAAGUCUUGUUGAAUUCUGUAAAUUAUAUUUUUAGUCUUGUUCAAUUUUAGCUGUGUUCUGGAAAAUUGUGCUGAACUUGAGCAAUAUUUAACCGUUCUGUAAAAAUUCUUAUUAAAUUUUGAAAUUUUGGUGCUCUGUUAACCGUUUGUCAAAUUUCUUAUUAAAUUUUCAUGAUUUUGUAGACAUUCUAAUUAAUUGUUCUAAAUUUGAUGCAUUAUUUAGCUAUUUUAGUAAAACGGGGGUAAAAUAAAUUUAAGAAAUUGAUGCUUCGAAUGCUUCUUAAAUAUUGAGAGCUCAGUUCUUAUAACCGUAUUUCUAAAGAUAUUUCUGCUUCAAGCCCGAUUCAUUUAGCGCUUUUCAGUGCUUCAGUUUAUAGCUCUAAAAUUCCUGUAUUUCGUGUUGUUUGUUGACAAAUAUUGUGUAUUUUUAGCCAUUCCUGUUAUUUUAUCUAAAUCUUGAGCUAUUCAAUCGAAAAUCUCGUUGAAUUAGCAAAAGCCGUUUAUUUUAGUAUGCUGUAGUGUUUCUGAGCUGUUUUGCUCGUUCAAUUUGUGGUCUUCCAUUUUAAUCUGAUUGGUUUUCGGCACAUCUAAUGGUUAAAUGCUUAUUUGCUUGAACUCCGCUUUCCCUGCCUCCCAAUCAACAAUUUAAUCGGGCUAGAACUCUCUGCUUGAUCUCCGCUAGAACUUGAACCUACCUCACCCUGCUGCGGGGAGAAAGUGAGGAUCUAUGGUGAAAAUUUUAAAAUAGUAUCUUUUCAAAUCUCAUUAUAUCCUAGCUGUUCUUUUUUCUGCUAUAUUUCUUCUAUUCUGUUAAACCCUAGCGUUGAAACCCUCGUUUUUAACUCCAUGGUUUUUUUCUCAGCCAGGUAAACAAGACUUUUAACUGUUUGGAACAGAAUUGCCCCUAUUCUUGCCAUCCACUGCCCCCUUUUUUUGACAACUCUUUCAACUGUUUCCUGCCUGGCUGUGUUUAUUUAGUAUCGUGCGACAUUGCCACAUUUUUACAUUUGCAUUCACAACCUGUGCAUAAUGUGAUCUUUGUAGGACUUGAUUUGAGUUUUUCUUCUUGACAUACUCCAAUGUCUCUGCGUUGAACUUUGUUCUAAAUUUUCCAUGGCAUUUUGGCCCAGCAUAAGUUUAAACAUGCAAAUUUCACAAACUUCACAGAAUAAUUUUUAGCUGUUAUGCAUUUAGAUCAAGGUUUCAUAUUGGCCCCAGCAUAAGUUUAAACAUGCAAAUUUCACAAACUUCACAGACUGUUAUGCAUUUAGAUCAAGGUUUCAUAUUUGAUCUUGAUACUUUGAGACUUCAAAGUUGUGGCAAAGUCUUAAAGCUUUAGUGUGCGUUAUGGCAACUCAACAGCUUACUAUGCGCAAUUUGUUGAAGCUGUGGAUACGACAGGGCAGGUGCAAAAUAAAACCAUCAUAGCUGAAUUGGCUUAUGGAGACAUGUUGCGCUAAUAAUAAAGCUUGGAUAGAGAACAAUGAGAAAUCGACAAAUUCCAGUGCAGCAUUUUGCAAUUUCCAAUUCCAAUGGCUUGUAGCAGGGGACGAUACAAACUUUUGUAGAGAAGAGCCAAUCAUCAAGGAUGUCUUUUGGUUGCAAGGUUCCCCAAGUUUCAAUGUGGAAUGACACGAAAACAUCAAUAAAGAAAUCUGAUUCUUUGAAGGACUUCGAAUAUUUUCAGUGGAUUCACCAUAAAAGAGAAGUUCUUUUCUCUGUUGGAUGUUUCAGUCUAUUGCUUUUCGGAGUUAUAUUGAUUCAUGUUGUGACAGAAGGAUUAAGACUGUCAUUUGUAGUUCCAUGGACAUUUGUUGGAUGCCUUUCUGUUCUGCUCUUUACUUGUCUUCUGUUAUACUACGAAAGGAGUCAAAUAGUGUGUUGUUAUGUUUCGUGGACAUUGCUUUUUGCGGGCUCUAUUUUAUGGUUCAUUGAUAAUUCCUCGGAUAAAAAGCCUAUAUUGAAUAACGAUGUUUCAAGGUGGGAUCUGCAAUACAUUGAUUUUUCCAUUCUCACAGCUCUUCCAUUUCUGUUAUCUCAAUCUUUACAUUUGACAGCUGAAGCCUCUUCUUUUGGGAUCUUAGGGCUUUCAUGUUUAUAUUUCUUUAUCUUAGUAGCAAUUCACUCAUUUAUGUCUCCCUACAUUUUUGCUCCACAAGCUUUAAAUGUUUUAGGGAUCACAUGUUUUUCUGCUUUCAUAGCCCUCUUUAGAGAAUACUUGCGAAGGGAUUCAGACAAGCAAUUGUAUGUUACAACCAAAGCACUGGAAGAGUCUCUUUCAAAAUGCAGGAUGAAAGAGAAUAAAACAAUUCAAGCUUUCCAACAGAACAAGGCCGAAUACCCAGAGAAGAUAAAGUGCAUGAAGCAGUUCCUAAAUUUCAUUUUUCAUGAAAUAAGAGUGCCUUUUAAUGCUGUUGUGUUGGGUAUUGGCCAUAUGCUUGGAAGUAGCCUUUCUGAUGAACAUCGGGAGAUUCUCCAAAUGAUGGAUGCUUCAUCAUCUUGUAUGAUCCGUAUAUUGAAUGAUGUGCUUGACAUGGGUAAAAUUGAAGCUGGAAAACUUCAUCUUGAAAAACAACCUUUCAAGAUGGGAGAGCUCGUAAGUUCUUUGGUAUGUGCUUUCAAAGAUAUUUUUGAUUCAAAAGGAAUCAAGUUUUACAUAUGGAUUGAUGAUGCAACGAAGCAGCUUCUUUCUCAUCAUGAACUGAUUGGAGACAAGCAUCGUCUCCGCCAGGUUCUUGCUAAUUAUCUCUCUAAUGCCUCAAAAUUUACUCCUUGCAAUGGAAAAGUUGGACUUCGCAUAGUUUGCAAUGGCACAUUCAUUGAAGAUCCUUUCCAGAUGGAGCCCAUUCAAAUAGAGGGUGUGCAGAGAUGCAAGUUUUGCUCUUGUAAUGGAAAACAGAAAGAGAGUACCAAUAAACAGAAAACCUUUGCAAGUCUAACUUUGUCGGUUGAGGAUACUGGUAUAGGUAUCAGCAAAGAAGAUAGAGCAAAGCUUUUUUUACCUUACACUCAGUUUAAAGGAGCAGGUUCAGUCCAAGGUGGUGGUGGAACAGGCCUUGGACUUUGUUUUGCUAAAAAGAUUGCUGAAUUAUCUGGGGGCACAGUUGCAGUUCAAUCGGAGGUCGGUAAGGGGAGUACAUUCUCAUUGAUGAUGCCUUUUGAACUUUGUGAAUCUAUAAUUGAAGAUGGAGAAGCAGAGGUAAAACCAUUUGACAUUCAUAUAGAUGGGAGAGGAUUGGCUGGCACUAUAUCUGAAAACAAAUAUGCUGAUUAUUCACUGAUUGGCAACAAGCCAAAGGUAUUGAUUGUGGAGGAUAAUCAAGUCAAUCGAAAGAUAUUGAGGAAAUUGGUAGCAAGCUUCAAUAUUGAUUGUGAUGAUGUGGAGAAUGGAAAAAAAGCAGUUGAUCUCUGUCGUAAUGGAAGUUCAUAUGACAUGAUUUUGAUUGAUAAAGAGAUGCCUGUUAUGGAUGGUUUAGAGGCAACUAAGGAGCUGCGAGCUAUGGGCUUAAAAGUCCCAAUUGUGGGAUUAACUGGCAAUGCAUUGGAUAGUGGUAGAAACCAGUUUCUUGCUGCUGGUGUUGACGACUUUUUCAUAAAACCUAUAUCAAGACAUCAGUUGGUUAAGCUUCUAGAGGCACACAACCUGAUUGCUCGGUCAAAGAAGUAACAUCUUAGAGUAGCAGGAUUUCUUAUAGCUAGAAGAAAUGGAAAUUUUGGUAAGAAUCCAUUUUUAACAGAAAUAGUUUGAAGAUCUCUUAAAGUGUUAAGGCAUGUAUUGCUAACUCUAGAUUUGGAAGUACUUCAUGAAUUUCUUUUAACAAACAGGGAAAGGAUAAACUUAUCCCAUUGGGGCACAUGUAACAUGUAGGAUAAUUAAGAGAUUACAAGUUUCAAAUAAAGCUUGAAUAAAAGCUCUUGGCCCCUGCUGACUGUCAUAGAGAUUACCGGCUAGAUUUGCAAUAUGUAAAUGUUAAAGUUUUGUGCCCCUGUCAACUGUCAAUGAAAUUACCACACAAAAUUGCAAUAUAUAUAUAUAAAUAUGUUCACUUGUGA